UUGGACAAUUGGUGCCGUUUUAAAACAGACAAUCAUAUCGGGAAGUGCUACAAAGGACAGACUUCCCAUUUUCGUGGCCGUAGUGUGUGAAAAUGUGUCACAGGGAAGAGGCAGGACAUAAAAGAGAAACAUGUGAGCAGACGCCAUUGGAAAACAUAAAACAUCUGUUGGGUGGAUGCGGUGUCCAUGACAACACGAGCAUGGAACUGGUGUUGGUGCAGUAUGAGUUUGAGUAUGAAACACGGGACGGUCGCCUUGUGUCCAUCAAGCCUAAUGAAAUAUACUUCCUGGUGUCCAGGACCAACGAACACUGGUGGCACGUACGCACAAAGCACCACGACUCCAGGCCUUUCUACAUUCCGGCUCAGUAUGUGAGGGCGCUGCCGUCACGUGCGGCUUGGGACGCUCUCGGAGAUUCCUACCAGCUCUCCAGUUUUGGUUUAUGUGGGGACAAAGCAGAUACGGUGCCUGCGGGACACACAGGAAGCAGUUGUGCACAUAUCCCAGGUUGCGAUGGAGAUGCACAAGAGUCCACAGUGUCGGGAUUGCAUGGAAAAGUGGAGUCGACCUGUGGAGAUGAUGACAGCCUUCAGCAGUCCUCUACUUCACCCGCUUGUGGCAUUAUAGCGGAAGAAAAGAGGCUUCACACAAUGUUGUGCGAGGUGCCGCAGCACAGCGUAGCCCACAAGGUGGAAGAUGAAAGUGUGCCAGCGCCCAUCUACGUCAACUUAGCUCAGCUUCGCCAGAAACUCCCCGGGUCGCCACCCUACCUUGACCCCGACGGAUGGGAAGUGCACAUUGACCCAGAGAGCGGACAAGAGUACUACUACCACCCUGCUACGGGGCGCACCACCUGGGACAACCCCCUUACAGAGUCACCCAAAGACCUCGACCCUUACCCGGCCGAGGAACGUCAUUCCCCCACACCCUCUCGCUCCCCCGCCCACUUCCUGUCCACCGCCUCCCGCCCGGCGUGGACCUCGGACUGGGAGCAGCUGGUGGAUGAGAGCAGUGGGCUCCCUUACUUCUACAACGCCAUGUCUGGGGAAACGUCCUGGGAGCCUCCAGAGCUGCUGAGCCCGUACCCCCCGCUGAUGGAGCCCAUGAGCGUGCACAGGUUUCACGAAGACUUGCCGCCUCCGCUGCCCGAGGAGGACUACCCCUCGGAAGAUUACGCAGGCUACGAUCAACCCCAUGCUGACGAGGAGCCCCCGGCCACGGGAGCCCCCGUCACUCCCAGGGAAUACGAGCUGAGCUACGUGAGCCGCACCGUCAUCCCCAGGGCCAGCUUGGACCGCAGUGCCCCCGCCGGCUGGAACCUCAAUGUGGAACCCGACGGCACAUGGGUGUUCACCAGCGAGCACUCGUCAGAACAGUGGGUCAAGUCUGUGGACGACCUGGGUCAGACCUACUACUACCUGAGAGAUGGGUCCAAGUCCCAGUGGAACCUGCCCGAGGCAGUCCCUGCCGUGCCGGCCCAGUCCGAGGAGGAAAAUGGCGUCGAACGAGAUGGUGUGUUUGUCUUCAAGAACUGGAGACACAGCGUGGGACCGGCCCAGCUCAGCCAGGCCCAGGAUGACUGGAGGUUGGUCCCGGCCCACCAUAGGACCCCGUCGGAGUACAGCAGCGACAGCUCCAGCACGGGCAACUCUCCCGAGGCGCAGCCCCACGUGCAGAACUUGGAGAAAGCCGGAAUCCUGAACAAAACAAAAGUGUCCGAAAACGGCAAAAAAGUCAGGAAAAACUGGGCCCAGACGUGGACGGUCCUGCACGGAGGAGUGCUGACGUUCCACAAAGAUCCAAAAUCCACAGCGCCGGGGGUGUCGACAAAGACCAAUCAGAUCGUCCCCGAGGUGACGGUGGACCUACGAGGAGCCGUGAUCGGCUGGGCCUCCAAAGACAAGUCCAGCAAAAAGAAUGUUUUAGAGCUAAAAAGCAAGAACGGUGUUGAGUUUCUGAUCCAGUACGACACUGAGAGCAUCAUCAGCGACUGGCACAAAGUAUUAAUGGACACCAUACGUCAGCUUGAGUACCAGGACCACCAUUCCGAGGAGGAGGACAGCGACGUGUACGAGAAGACGGGCAGCAUGGAGCGCGAGGAGAAGCUGGGAGGAAGCAUCGACAGGCGAAGAUCCUCCAGACCGAGCGUCUACAACACGGCCAGCGGAGAAACGGACCCGAGGAAGGUUCGCACCAAGCUGAUGAAGUUCCUGAUGAAGCGGCCGACGCUUCAGUCCGUCAAGGAGAAAGGAUACUUUCGAGACAGCGUGUUUGGCUGCCACCUGGACACCCUGUGUGCACAGGAGAGAACCACCGUUCCCAGGUUCGUGGAGAAGUGCAUCAAAGCCGUGGAAAGAAGAGGUUUGGACAUUGAUGGACUGUACAGGGUCAGCGGCAACCUCGCCAUCAUCCAGAAACUUCGCUGCAAGGCAGAUCAAGAGGAGCUUGACCUGGAGGACGGGCAGUGGGAGGACGUUCACGUCCUCACUGGGGCGCUGAAGCUGUUUUUCCGCGAGCUUCCCGAGCCGCUUUUCCCCUAUAGCCACUUUCACCAGUUCAUCACAGCCAUCAGACUUCCGGAUUACAACACAAAGGUGUGUUGCAUUUAUGAGUUGGUCAAAUCUCUGCCAGCAUCAAACCACGACACCAUGAAACUCCUCUUUGGGCACUUACGCAGGGUGAUCCAGUACGGAGAGGACAAUCGCAUGACGGUGCAGAACGUGGCCAUCGUCUUUGGACCCACACUCCUGCGGCCCGAGAUGGAAUCUGGCAACAUCGCCAUGCACACUGUCUUCCAGAACCAGAUAGUGGAAUUCAUCCUGAAUGAAUACGAGCGCAUCUUUCACUCCAGCUAAAGCAGGACUGCAGGCGUCCUUUUUGAAGCUAAGUUUACCGGGUGCCUCCUCCAUAGCGAGCACGUUUUCUUUGCUCAGAAAAUCUUCAGUGUUCUUGAUUGAGAAUACCCAUGGUGUCCUUUGUCCAUAUUUCACCUGUAGGAGUGUCACACGUCUUUGUGUUGCAGGAGUGGACUCUGUUUGACAUUAGAUGUCUCCAUCUCACAGCUCUUCUUUUCUUAACGACAGUGUUGCCUCACCAGCCAAGUUGCAUCAAUGUUCCUUUUAAAAACACCUUUAUUUGACAAGGUUUAUAGCAUUUAAAAUGUGUUUUGUGCAUUUAAAGGACAGAAAAUGACAGUGAAGAUUGCAGUCUAAUGUUUACUUGCAUGCACCAUUGAUUUUAUUGUAAUAUAGACAUGUACAGCAUAGAACUAUUAAUAAAAACACCCAGCUGUGAGAUAAUAUAGAAUAUUUAAAAACAAAAAAUGCUGUAUUUUUAAAAACAUUAAUAAUAUAGAAUUGAUAGUUUAAUGAAAAAUCAGCCUGACCAACAGAGUGAUGACUACUAGAAGAAAUGGAAUGUAAAUAGAAACAGCCUAUCAAUAUGCUGCAAGUUGUCAAAAAUAUUAUUCCAUAAUAAAAAUAAC